GGCAGUAAGGACAAAUGAGAACGGGUGCAGAGUGUGACAUCUCGGGAGCGGGGCAAAGGAACUGAGGUCUUUGGUGGCUGGGCGGCUUGGGGUAGUGUUUCUAGGGUGCUCGACUUCCCUGGCUCUCAUUUCACCAUUAUUUUGCGCCCUUUCAGAGUUAGCUCCUUUUUUUACUUUAAAAUCGGAGUGGGCUGCCGGCAAUGGAACCAGUGCUCCCGGCUUCGCAACAAACCGACAUUGAGCCAGAUAAGAUCUGGUACUAAACUCCGGGGUUAAAGUCUCUGAGGUCCUCGUUUUCUGUUGUCAGUCAUCACAAAGACUUGCCUUUUCCAGGCUCCUAAGGCUUACCCCUAGAAACCCACUGCUUUCUGGUUAGACCUCUCUGCAGAUUCUUUCUCCAAGUUUCAGGCCCUUCUUCCGAGGAUUUGGCCAUGGCCCAAUACAUAGAAAUUUGGCCGCUGUGCUGUCUCUUCAGCAGAUCCGCUCACAGUUAUUUCCUCCUUUUCAUUUUAUUUUAUUUUACUUUUGAGACACUAUCUCAGGCUGGCCUCGAACUCAUGAUGAUAAUCCUGCCCCAGCCUCCCCCAGUUGGAAUUAUAUGAGUGCAGAAGCACUUAUGAUACUAAAAUUCCUUCUCAGGUGCAAAGCCCCACCCCAAACCUUCAUACUGUACUCUCUGCAUGCAGCCCUACUCUCUGAGCUCUGGUUCUGCCCCUUUAAAAUAUGUUCAGACUAUACUCUGCUCAACAUGUACCGGGAUCCACAGAACAUGGCCAAACCCCAUAGACAGAUCACACCGCAGGGCCCAGGCAGAGGAGGGGCAGGAUGGACAGCCCCCAGCAGGGGGCUCCUCUGAUUCCACCCUGUCCGGUCCUGCGGGUCAUGUGAGCGACAUAGAGGUGCAGGAACACUAUGAUAAUUUGAGGUGAGGGUCAGCAGGGUAGAUUGGGUUUCUUGUGCUCCAGGAGCUUAGCUGAGUUCCUCCUGGUCUUCCCUAGGAGGUGUUCAUGGAACUGCAGGAGAAUUCUGGGGAGAAUGAAGAGAUGAAUGUGUGUGACAACUUGGGGGACCACCCCUUAGGAAUGUUUUAUAUCAAGACACAGAUAUUCCUGGCCAGUAUCGUUCCUCAAAGCCCCCGCUAUUCUCCAGCCCCAGGUUCCAAGACUCUACAUGUACCUUUUCUGUGGCUUUUUGCUAUGAUAAUAAAAUUUCCUAUUAAACCUCAAGCUUAGCUGUGGGUGUCAGUUUCCUUUCAGCUGACAAAAAGGGGAAACUGCACCGGCCUCUAACCACAAGAUCAGUGGAGGAACUCCGAACCAGAGCAGUGCUUUGGGGGCCCAGGGAUCGAACUCACGACCGUCUGCUUGCAAGUGCGGCAGAGGGGUUGCGGUCGGAAGUCCUGCAGUCGCAGCUCCCAGGCUGCAGGCCCUGGUCUGGAUGGGGCUUAGACAUCUGCUGCAGACCUCCGUGCUGUUUCUGGCCUUGGCAGUACCUUCAGAAGCCUCCCAGUACUGCGGCCGCCUUGAGUAUUGGAACCCAUAUAACAAGCGUUGCAGCAGCUGUCAACAGCGAUUCGGGUCACCUCCUUAUCCGGACUACGAGUUUGUGGAAAACUGCGGGCACAAUGACUUCGGCGAUGUUUUGAAGAAUCCGUUCAAAAAGUGUUCUCCUGGGCAGUGUAACCGCGACUUUGCGGAGCUGUGUACCCCCUGCAACGGCGGAGCCCUGGCCACUGCUCCCACUGGGAGCCACGGCGGAACCCGGCAUCGCAAUAGAGAGGAGCCCACAUCACCCGGGAGUUCCAGUGUCUCGUGGACGACUCAGAGCAAUGUCUCUCCACUGCAUUUUGUCCUGCCCUUGGUGCUGGUUCUGCCCUUGGUGCUGGUCCUACUCCUAAUCUGCUUCCUCCUUCUGCAAAGGCAUCACCAGCACAAGGAAAAAGUUCUUUCCCCUCUCUGCCCUGGCGUGUUUCCCAGAGACCCCAGCAACUACACCCUCUGCUUGCACUUAGCCUCCUCAGGCUCUUUGGAGGCUGGGCACACAGGAAAGAUCCCUCUCCCAAGCAAGGGUAAGCUGGCGACAAACGCAUCCAGAAGGGAAGGUUGUGCUGGAAACCUGCCCUUCCUCCCCUUUACGCCAGCCUGUCUCCCAGAGCUGGCAGGUCUGGCGACACAACCUCUGUCUCGCCUCUUGGAUGAGCUGGAGGUACUGGAGGAGCUGAUUGUGCUGCUGGACCCUGAACCUGGGCCCGGCGGUAGCACGGCCUGUGGUACCACUCGGCACCUUGCUGCAAGAUACGGGCUGCCUGCUGCCUGGUCAACCUUCGCCUACUCCCUGCGGCCCAGUCGCUCACCACUGUGGGCCCUGAUUGAGAUGGUGGUGGCAAGGGAGCCGUCAGCCACUCUGGGCCAGUUCAGUGAACACUUGGUCCAGCUAGGACGGGCAGACGCACUGCUGGUGUUAUCCAGGCUUGGCUGACCUGGGAUCGGUGAGGGCCUACAAUUAAAAAUAGUUUCUUUGGAAACAA